UUGACUUCUCCUCUCAGUAAGUUUAACUCUGCAGUCACGUUUGUGUUGGUAUGGUAAAUUUUGUAUGGAUGGUGAGACAUGGUUUUGAUAAAGAUGGUUCUCUGUUUUUUGAGUAAAGUGUCACUUUCUAAUGGAUUUCAAUUUUUUUUUCAAGAGUUAUAUGGUUGGAUUUCACCUCCUCUCAGCCCAACUAGGGUCGCAUGGGGGACCGGAGUCAAUCCCCGGGACCUACGCAAAAUCAGAGGCACACCAUUACAAAGAGGAAACCAGGAAACCGUGGCACCUGACAGAAACCCACACGAACAUGUGGAAAGCAUGCAAACUCCACACAGGAAGGACCCGGGAUUGAACCCAGGACCUUCUUGCUCAAACACCUUCUCCCUCAUGUCACUGGCCAAACCUCAUUCCAGUGGAAUUAUUUCAGCGCUAAGUUCAGAGAAGAGGAGCAAAUUGGUGAAUAAAAUGCAAGGUCGUAAUGCGCCCAAUCCAACCGCAUCUCCUAAGUACAGCCAAAACAAGAGCCGAUGGAACCCAUUCAAUGGUCUGAUCCGUUUUCUUAUCAUAUUUGUGGAAAAAAUGUUCAGAAAACUAAACCCAGUCCACACAAGUGACCUUCCAAGCUAUGUGGCUGAAGGCCAGUUCCCUAUGCUAAGAGAGAACUUGUGGUUUGGCCCCCUCAAACAUCUGACACUGUUCAAAAAUUUCAUGGCUGUGACCAUUCAGACUUUGCUAAGAAGACUUAGUAAUUUUGGCCGCACAUGGAGUAAGAUUGAUGACAUCAAAAGAGUGUUUUUAUUUCCAAGUAAAAGAGCAGUGUACAUCUCUGAGAACUGGAAGGAUGACGCCUUUUUUGGGAGCCAGUUUCUUAAUGGAUGUAACCCAGGAAUGAUAGAGAAGUGCAUUGAAAUCCCAGAGAAAAUUCCAGGGAUAAUCAAAGUGUAUCCUAACAUCAAAGAGCUCAUCCAGAAUGGGAAGAUUUAUAUGGUUGAUUAUAAGCUGCUUGAUGAUGUCAAAGAGGCCGUCAUUGAUGGCCAUCAGCAGCAUUUGGCUGCACCAAUCGUGCUUCUUCAGGAGAAGGACAAGGGAUUGAUGCCCAUCGCCAUCCAGUUGAAACAGGAGCCCGGUAAAGAGAACCCCAUCUUCACUCCAAACGACAAGCCUGAGGCCUGGCUACUGGCAAAGAUCUGGGUCCGUAACUCUGAUUUCUACCUGCACCAGCUGAUCUCCCACUUUCUGAGGACACAUCUGCUGGCUGAGGUCUUCUUCUUCAGCAUCUUCACGUCACUGCAUGAUCACCACCCAAUCCUGAGGAUCUUUGCAGCCACAGGGAGAUACACGACACCAAUCAACGUAGCUGCCAGAGCUGCACUCCUCAACAACACUGGCUUCUUUAUGAAGUACACAGCCUUGGGCAAGGACGUCCAGUAUGAGCUGUUGCAGAGAGCCUUCAGCCAGGUAACCUACAAGAGCCUCUGUCUGCCUGACAACCUGGAGAGCCGUGGAGUGCAGAAUCUGAUGCACUAUUACUACGGGGAAGAUGCCCUAGCUAUCUGGGGUGCAAUAUCUAAAUCUGGGGCGUGGGCUCUGUCGCCUGGGGCCACGGCCCCGACCCCCGGGCAGGUGGUCGCCCGCAUGCAGUGGAGCCUGGCCUGCCAGCUGUGCGGGUUGAAACAGGAGCCCGGUAAAGAGAACCCCAUCUUCACUCCAAACGACAAGCCUGAGGCCUGGCUACUAGCAAAGAUUUGGGUCCGUAACUCUGAUUUCUACCUGCACGAGGUGAUCUCCCACUUUCUGAGGACACAUCUGCUGGCUGAGGUCUUCUUCUUCAGCAUCUUCACGUCGCUGAGUGAUCACCACCCAAUCCUGAGGAUCUUUGUUGCCACGGGGAGAUACACGAUACCAAUCAACGUAAUAGCCAGAGCUACACUCACCAACGACACUGGCUUCUUUAUGGAGUACACAGCCUUCGGCAAGGACGCCCAGUAUGAGCUGUUGCAGAGAGCGUUCAGCCAAGUAACCUACAAGAGCCUCUGUCUGCCUGACAACCUGGAGAGCCGUGGAGUGCAGCAUCUGAUGAACUAUUACUACAGGGAAGAUGCCCUGGUUAUCUGGGAUGCAAUAUCUGAAUCUGGGGCGUGGGCUCUGUCGCCUGGGGCCACGGCCCCGACCCCCGGGCAGGUGGUCGCCCGCAUGCAGUGGAGCCUGGCCUGCCAGCUGUGCGGGUUGAAACAGGAGCCCGGUAAAGAGAACCCCAUCUUCACUCCAAACGACAAGCCUGAGGCCUGGCUACUAGCAAAGAUUUGGGUCCGUAACUCUGAUUUCUACCUGCACGAGGUGAUCUCCCACUUUCUGAGGACACAUCUGCUGGCUGAGGUCUUCUUCUUCAGCAUCUUCACGUCGCUGAGUGAUCACCACCCAAUCCUGAGGAUCUUUGUUGCCACGGGGAGAUACACGAUACCAAUCAACGUAAUAGCCAGAGCUACACUCACCAACGACACUGGCUUCUUUAUGGAGUACACAGCCUUCGGCAAGGACGCCCAGUAUGAGCUGUUGCAGAGAGCGUUCAGCCAAGUAACCUACAAGAGCCUCUGUCUGCCUGACAACCUGGAGAGCCGUGGAGUGCAGCAUCUGAUGAACUAUUACUACAGGGAAGAUGCCCUGGUUAUCUGGGAUGCAAUAUCUGAAUUCCUUCAGAGGGUCAUUGAUGCGUACUACAAAGACGAUCACGAUAUUAGAAAGGACACUGAACUUCAGAACUUCUUUUCCUAUACUUACCGUUAUGGACUUCAGGGAGAAACAGAUUUACUGCAAAGGGUGGAGACCAAAGCGGAAGCGGUCAGAUACCUGAGCAUGGUGAUGUUCACCUGUUCAGCUCAGCACGCCGCUGUGAACCAUGGACAGUAUGACACUUACGCCUGGAUGCCAAACGGUCCCACAACGAUGAGGCAGCCCCCACCAAAGUACAAGGAUCUGGUGGAUGAGCAAUACAUUGUCAACACUCUGCCUGGCUUGGCGUCCACCCUGGAAGCCAUGGCUGUGUCCCGGUUCCUCAGUCAGGUCUCCGAAGACAUUGUAAAUGCUCAGCUGUUUGAAUUUGCUGACCAUUGUGACACGUAUCUGCAUCUGUAUCCUUUCGUUAAAGUUAAAAAAGAAAAAAAAAAAACAUCUCACUGGCAAAUCAAUUAUUUACAUCACAGUCAGUCCUCUACACUGCCCCCACAGGUUGCCCUGGGAACUUACGCGAAUGAAGUAUCUAAUGACCCACGUCUGAGGGAUGCGAUCAAGAAAUUCCAGACACGGCUAAGCGCAAUUGGGGAAGCAAUUAAGGAGCGGUCAAGGGAGCAGCCCUUCCCGUACGCGUAUCUGCACCCCGCUGGAAUUGAAAACAGCAUCGCCAUCUGACAGAUGGGGUCGCAAACCAGAAUUUGUUCUCCUUCACUUUGAUUUGCUAACAUUACUCACAUCCUUGUUUCUGAUUGGUAGGUAAUAGAUGCUAUUAAUUGAGUUGAAAGUUGGCGCAAAGCAUGUAGCUGGUGUUGUGAUUAAGCAAAGUAUCACCCAAUCACAUGUAACACUGUAAUCCAGGGCGUUUGGUCUUUUCCUAACCCUAUAUUUAGUCUGUAUCAUGCUGCAUGUUCCUAAGGCUGCAGGCUAUUUCACCUUCCAUUCCUUUGGUGUAUCACACCAAUGAUAAUGGGGGUUGCUUUCAUUUUAAUUCCUAAUGUCUUUACAUUUUUUUUUUUUAUUUUACCUGAAACCAGAAUCUCUUACAUACAGUAAGCAGUUGGCAAGGAAUACACGUCAUUUUGUGAUAUUCCACUAGGGGGCAUACUAAUUCCACACAUUACUUGUAUAAACAUUUCAUAUAGAAUUUGGUCAAUAAAUGGCUAUCAAGACAUUGGUACUGGAUUUGUAUUAAUAAAUGAAACACCUGGGGGGGGGGGGCAAAGGGGUGCAGCUUCAAGGAAGAUAAAUGGGCACAGCCUUCAUUGGAGGUUCUAUGAGCAAAUAUGGAGGGUCUGGCCAUAUAUAAAAAAUACAUGAGAAGCACAUACCCAGCCAGAAAGGGACCACCAGUGACCAGCCCACCCCCCCAAUAUACAUGUUAAAUUCUCUGUCCCCUGACAAUAUGGUUUGUAAACAUGGAAAAUUCCACUCAUUUUUAAUGACUUACAAAUUAAAGGACUAGAUUGUCUAGAUUUGGGAUAAUUAUCAUUUGCACCAUUUCUGCUGUUUUAAUUGUCAGAAUAUAGAUCUGUGUGAAAUGUGAUUAUAGAUUUAU